AUGUCUAUCAUAUCAAAGCUCAAGGGUGCCAAAAAGGCUGCGGACGACCACAAGGCAAAGACAGACGAACAGGAUACUAAGCCUGUCGCUACUGUUCCUUACAAACAUGUUCCUACUCAUGCCGCUACCGAUGCCAUGACUAGUUCACCUGGAGGCUGGAAAUCCGAGGAGAUCGCAUACCAAAACAAAGCUCGCCUCAGCAGAAUCGGCAGCGACUAUUCUACUCGUCCUUCUACCUCUCACACUACCACCACAAGAUCCAACAGCAGACCAGGAUUCAACAGAGCCAAUAGCGAUUCGUCUCUGGACUUUACACCGGCCUCCCAAGGUUUCUCGAUGCCUCUAAGAUCAACAGGCUCAUCGUUGAAGUCGGCUGCCAUCUCGCGCAACCCAAGCUAUCAAGGACUCGAGAAGGUCAUGGAGUCCAAUGAUCGUGAUCAGGAGCCCGUUUUUGCAGCCGCACUAUUGGCCAACAGAACCAAGGCAUCACGCUCUCCUCGUGGUUCCACUCGAAGCUCGCUAGGUAAAAGUCCUUUGUCUAGUGUUGAAUCAUCCGCCGAGUCCUCACCCGCAGAGAGUGAGAACAGUUCACCUACGGGCUCAAGCAGUGGUCAAAUUGAACUCAGAUCAUCGGCAGUUGCCUAUGCAUCCGCUCUGGAGAUCCAUCCUGGUCACAAAGUCAAUCAGAUGCCCGUGGAGCAACCACAGUCUCAACGCAAAUACUUCGGACACAACAAGCCACCCACGUCUGAAACCAAGGAAGCUUCUGUCCCAGCACCUGUUAUAGUCAAGAAGGAAAAACGAUUCUCGUUCUUGAAGAGAGGCGGCAGUUCCGUUGCUGCUCACUGA